GUUUCCAAACACUGAAAUUAUUUAAUUUAAGGUAAUAGCAACUAAGUAAUAACAAAAAAAGAAACACUUUCGAAAAGAUUUGAAACUCAAAAAUGCAGAUCUGGCAUUCGGUAAUUUAGUACCGAUUGUUUAUAUAGUUGCGAUCGCUGUUCUUUCAGUAUACGUUGUGCAUGUGUAUAUGUGAGUGCACAAGCGUAUGAACAUACAUUCAUAUGCCUGUUUAAUAAAAUAAUAUAUACAUAUAAGUAAAUUAACGUACAGAUACAGUGUUAUAGUAUCUGUAAGAGCACGCGCUCUAUUAUUUCAAAAUCAAAGAGCUUCAACUCAUACGCAAGUUAAUCGUUUGUGUUCUUUUGCGGAUCACAGUGAAAAUUAUAUUAAAUAUAUAGAACUUUUUAAAUGUUUAAUAAUCUGGAUGUGGUUAAAUUUUUGAAAUGUUUAAAUAUAAUCUUACGAUAUGUUGUUACCUAAGUAAAUGUGGUUGUUUGGAAAUACAUUGAAAAAAAUUAAUAGGAGAAAUUUGCAUUUUUAAUAACAGAAAGUUAUAGCUGAUGGAAACGAGUACAAUAUUGUUGAUUGUUACUUUGUAGGAAUUCUGCCUUAAAGAGUGUGUGUAUUAUGUUCUAUGGCUAAAAAUAUCCGCAUGGAUUGAUUGAAAUGUGGCACGCAAGUUAUCCGCAAACUCAAUAGGCACAAACAAAUAAUAAUCGAAUUUCUUAUACAAGAGUGGAAAGUCGACUACUGUAUACUUCUUAAAAAUAGUAUAUGAACAUGCUUUAAGCAAAAUAACAUUUGAUAGAAAAAAGAAUAUUCUUAAAUAAAAGAUAUUCGAUUUGAGACUUCGAUACAACUACUACGAUGACUUCUUUUGGAGUAGAGCAGGCUUCAUCUACAAACGACCCCCAGAACUCUGUUCCAUUGGACAGUUCAAAACGUCCCCAAAUAAAUGGUGGGCGUUUCGAUUUUGAGGAUGGAGGAACAUUUUGUGGCGGGUGGGAGGACGGUAAGGCCCAUGGGCAUGGUGUUUGUACCGGGCCUAAGCAUCAAGGAGCAUAUGCCGGUGCAUGGAAUUAUGGUUUUGAGGUAUCUGGUGCAUAUAUUUGGCCAAGCGGUUCACAUUAUGAAGGCCAAUGGCAAAAUGGACGACGGCAUGGUUUGGGUGUAGAACAAAUUGGUCGUCAAAUAUAUCGAGGGGAAUGGUCAAAAGAUGGACAUAAGGGAAGAUAUGGUAUUCGAGAAAGUACUGUUUCUACCGCUAGAUACGAAGGAACGUGGAACAUGGGUUAUCAAGAUGGCUACGGUUGUGAGACUUAUGCUGACGGAGGAAAAUAUCAAGGGCAAUGGCAAGAGGGUAAACGUCACGGAUAUGGUAUUCGGACUUCAGCUCCCUUCGGAUUAGCAUCACAUUAUCGACGGAAAGAUAUUCACACGUCCUUAAACUCGUUACGGAGUUCAGAUAUUGGAGAAGUCGAUAAAGUUCGGUCAGAAGAAAUAAGAGGGGGUUUCGUGCUAACUGCAAGAUCGGAUAAACUACCUGCUCGACGCAACAGUUUGACGGAGAAGUCAAAAAAAGGAUUUUUAUCUGGGUUUAAAAUGCGAAAACAAAAAAGUACAGGAGAUUUAGAGAAACGCGGCACUUUAACAUCCAGCAGCGUAAGGUCAACGGCGUCAACCUCAUCAUGGGCAAGCACCGGAUCAGAACAAUCCAACCUAACUACAAGGUCGGCCCACACAGAUUCCAACGCCAGCUUUACAAUGGAAGAUGAACAACUAGAUUCUGCAGUGACUGAAAUAUAUAUGGGAGAAUGGAAGAAAGACAAGCGCUGUGGACAUGGUGUUGCUGAACGUAGUGAUGGGCUUAAAUACGAAGGAGAGUGGUAUAAUAACAAGAAACAUGGCUACGGUGUAACUACAUUCCGAGACGGUUCAUUUGAAGAAGGCAAAUAUAAGAAUAAUAUUUUAAUGACAAGCCAAAAGAAGAAGCACUUGUUUCUUGCGCGAUCACGUAAGUUCCGAGAUCGCAUCAACAUAGCUGUAAAUUCGGCACAAAGGUCGUUAAAAAUGGCAAUGCAAAGGUCUGAUAUUGCCAUUUCACGUACUUCAACUGCAUCUGACAGAGCGCAAAAUGCCGACAUUGCAGCUGAUAAAGCCCGCAUUGAUUGUGAAAUCGCUGUUAGUAUGGCGCGUGAAUUUGCUCCUGAUUUUAAGCCAUCAGUUUUAGACAGAUUUCAAAAACUAUUUUCUCGAAAUCAUUUUAAAUUAGGCUAUUUAAGGGGAAACUGCUCUUCAUUACCUUAUAAUGAAAAUAGUAGAUCACCAAAUAAAAGAGGACUCUUACUAAAAGAAUUGAAUGAACCCGAUCUCAAUGCGUCUCUUCGACAGCAAUCAGAUAUUUUGUCUCAUUCUGUACCCUCACAAAAACUGCAUGUAACGCCACAAACGGAUUUUGCCCAUUUAGUUAAUCAACCAAGUCAAUUCCGUAACAGUUCUUUUGCUCAUAUUUAUCCUUCACAAAUCAAAGGCAAUAAAGAACAAUUGAAGCAGUAUCAAGAAAAUAUUCAACGUGAUUUUAUUAGAAACAAUGAGAUGCAAGUUGACAAUUUGAAUGAAGAAAAAAGCACUUCACCAUAUAGCCACAGAAUGGGAAAAAAUUACAUCGCAGUUGGACAAAAUCUAACCAAUACUUCUGUCAACAGUUAUAUUUCGUACGCUAAUUCAGAUCGACUGGAUGACUAUAUGUACAAUAACUCUGAGCGCAGAACUAACUUAUUGCCAAAUAACUCAACAGCAAAUUAUAGUGAACAUCUAAAAUCUCAUCAGCAAAAUUCUACACAAACAUUCACGCAGCCAUUGUCCAAUCAACCUUCCCAAUUUUAUCGAACGUCACCACAAAAAACAGAAAUAUUAGGAGAAGCAAGAAAAACCACAAGGCCACCUCCACUGUGUGAAACUGGUCACCAGUUAUCUAUUGAUUACUUUGACCACUAUAAGAAGCCUCCAAGUCGAGACUCAUCCACCGAUCGAUAUGCUCGAGCAGCUAGCCACAUUAGCUCACGCCAACCUUCGAUUGACCAAUCAAUGCCUUCACAAUCACGAAAUAUGCCAUCACCUAAUAAGGAAAUUAGACAACGAGAGGGCUCACAUAAUCCAGCCAAUGUAUCGAAAUCUGUUACUAAUAAAGUAAUGACUAAUAUGUCAAAUCAAAUGCUAAAUGCAAUAGAAAAAAUACCGUCAAUAAAUCAACCUUUCGAAGAUGUUCUUUUGUAUCAGCGAACAUUAGGUCAAGAUAUUAUUCCGUCCGCAAUUACUCCUAAACGAACCGAAAGCUUGUAUACUCCUGCCAAAGUUUUUAUUCCAAAAGGGACCACGGUUAACUCUAACAACUAUACAGGAAGCAAACCAGUAAAGAUUACUCCUAUAAAUGUGACGCUACAACGAAAAAAAUCGCUACCAGAUUUUCAAGAUCUUCCACGUUCCACGGAAGCUAUGACUAGGGAGGAGGUGUCUGCGUUGGGUUCAGCAAGACGUGAAGCUGUACGCCGCCAAAUAGAAAUUAACGAAAGAUUAAAAGCAAAUCCCCUACUUUAUAUUUUUAGUCCACAAGUUAAGGAUUGGCUUUCUCGACAACAAUUGGUGCUACUUGUGCUUUUUGUAAAUAUACUUUUAGGCUACCUUUUCGUGAAAAUAUUAACAUAGCGAAAUUUGUUUAAAGCCUAGUAUACUCAUAUGAAAAUGUACGGUUUUAGUUAAAUAUCUUAGUGAUUUUAAGUUAUAUUCGAAUGAAUGUCUGCACAAUUUUGAUAAAAAAUAACAUUAUAAAUCAAGAGUCUUAAUGGUCAUUACAAAUGAUUUAUAUACUUAAAGAUUUUGUCGUUCACUGUUAUGCAUUUGGUCAGUUCGCUAGAGGAGAUUGUUUUUAUGCAAUUCAAUCAUAUAUUACAUUUAAAGAAUUUAAUAAGUAUUCCUGAUAUAGUUCACUAAUUAAAUUAUUUUGUUUAUCAGAAGCAUUGGACUCUUUCUGUUAUAUAUAAUUUUGUAGGAAAUGGACAUAUACAAAACAAAGAUAUCAGCAUCAAAAUAUUAGUUGCGUAUACAUACAUAUGUAUAUCAUAGAGAAUUCUAAAAUAUUCCUUUCAUCUCCCAACUAACUUACGACUUACAAGCUAUAUUUAUAUCAAUCAUACCUUAAAAAAUUUCUUAUAUAGAGAAUUGUAAGUUCGUAAACAUAAUUUAUAUCCAAUAACUUUCUUUAAUUAAGAGUAACAACUAGUUGCUUCUUCAGUGCGAAUUGACCUAAUUGUAAGAAAAUAAAUAUUUAUUCAAUUCUUGUUUAAAUCCCUCUAUAAAAAAUCAUUUGUUUUUACUUAUGUUUAGUGUAAAAUAUUUUUUACGUGCCUUAUUCAAAAAAUUAUAUUAGAUUUGUUUUUAUGAAUAUUGUCCUAUGCGUACCAGGAUAUUUGAAACGAAGAUAAAAUCAGUACUCUCCCAAAGUUAAACUAAUAGUUACUACGGUCAAUUAAUAAAUGCAAAUUUGAGUUACAUAUACUAAAAUUAUGUAAAAAAGUAAGGAAGGGCUAAAAUCGUGUGCAGAACACUUUAUUUAAAUAUUUGGUAAGACGAAAGUUGGUAAAAUACUUAAAAGUAUCGGAGAGACUUUUUAUUAAACAAGUAAGAAGGCUAAGUUCGGAUGUAAUCGAAUAUUUUAUAUUUAUGUGGCUCAAAUUCGACGUAAUAAUACCAGGUUUUGACAACAUUAUUACUAAUAUGCAAUAUUUUGCUUCUAGUCCGAAAUUUGUAUAUUAAAAUUGAUUUAAUUAACUGAAAUGAUAUAGACAUACUAUAUGUGACAUAAAUUCUCGCAAAGACGCCAAAUUUGAUGUAUAGGGUUUAUACAAAACCCUCAACUAGAGGACAAAAAUAACUAUAUUAGAUAUAUGAUUUAUAUUUUACGUCUAAGCUAAUUUCUUUCAUAUCUAGCGCACUUUAUUUUAAAUUAAACUUCUCCACUUAAUUUUAGUAAGGUGAAAAGUUGGAAAUCACCAUAUAUUUGGAUUAGAGACAGAUUAAGAAAUGUAUUAAAUUGUUAUUAUCUAGAA